AUGGCUCAACCACAACAGCAAAUGAUGGAGAUGCCAGACCUCUCCAAUGCAAUUGUUGCACAGGAUGAAAUGGGCAGACCAUUUAUUAUUGUCAAGGAUCAAUCUAAUAAGAAGAGACAGCAUGGGUUAGAAGCUAAGAAAUCUCACAUCUUGGCAGCUAGAUCUGUUGCCUCAAUUAUUAAGACUUCUUUAGGUCCCCGUGGUCUAGAUAAAAUCCUAAUAUCCCCAGAUGGUGAAAUUACAAUUACAAAUGAUGGUGCCACAAUUUUAUCCCAAAUGGAGCUAGAUAACCAAAUUGCUAAACUUUUAGUUCAAUUGUCAAAGUCUCAAGAUGAUGAAAUUGGUGAUGGUACAACUGGUGUUGUCGUCAUAGCAAGUGCACUAUUAGAUCAGGCCUUGGAAUUGAUAGAUAAAGGUAUUCACCCAAUUAAAAUCGCUAACGGUUUUGACGAGGCUGCUAAACUGGCUGUUUCCCAUCUUGAAUCAGUCACUGAGGAUAUCACAGCAAUUGAGUUCGAAAAGGAUUCGAAAUUAUUGAACGACUACCUGUUCAAAGCGGCUAAGACAUCUUUGGGCUCUAAGAUUGUCUCAAAGGUUCAUGAUAAGUUUGCUCAAAUGGCCGUUGAUUCUAUUUUAAGUGUAAUGGAUAAAGAAAGAAAAGAUGUUGACUUCGACUUGAUCAAACUACAGACUCGUGUUGGUGGUUCUCUAGAAGAUUCAUCUUUAAUUAAGGGUGUUCUUUUAGACAAAGAAUUCUCACACCCACAGAUGCCUAGUAAGGUCUUGCCUAGAGAAGGCCAAAAGUCUGUAAAAUUGGCUAUCCUAACCUGUCCGUUUGAACCACCAAAGCCAAAGACAAAGCAUAAGCUAGAUAUCUCCAGUGUCGAAGAAUACAAAAAAUUACAAACAUACGAACAAGACAAAUUCAAGGAAAUGAUACAAUAUGUUAAAGAUUCUGGUGCUGACGUUGUGAUAUGUCAAUGGGGUUUUGAUGAUGAAGCCAAUCAUUUACUAUUACAAAAUGAACUUCCAGCCGUAAGAUGGGUUGGCGGACAAGAGCUAGAGCAUAUUGCGAUUUCGACUAACGGUAGAAUUGUGCCCAGAUUCCAAGAUUUGUCUCCAGAUAAACUAGGUGAAUGUUCUAGCAUCUACGAAUUAGAAUUUGGUACAACUAAGGAUCGUAUGCUGGUUAUUGAACAACCAGAAGAAUCUAAAACAGUAACUUGCUUUAUCAGGGGUUCAAAUAAAAUGAUAAUUGAUGAGGCUCAACGUGCCUUGCAUGAUUCUCUAUGUGUUGUUCGUAAUCUAAUAAAGGACUCUCGUAUUGUGUAUGGUGGUGGUGCUGCAGAAGUAACAAUGUCUUUGGCUGUAUCUGAAGAGGCAGAUAAACAACGUGGUAUUCAUCAAUACGCUUUCAAGGCCUUUGCUAAUGCCCUAGAUACCGUCCCAAUGACAUUGGCAGAGAACUCUGGUUUAGAUCCAAUCGAAACGCUAUCUACGCUGAAGAGCAAGCAAUUGAAGGAAAACAUACCAGUUUUCGGUGUUGACUGUCUAGGCAAAGGUAGUAAUGACAUGAAGGAAUUAUUUGUCGUCGAUCCUUUCAUCAGUAAGAAACAACAGAUAAUGCUAGCCACUCAGUUAUGUAGAAUGAUUUUGAAGAUUGAUAAUGUCAUCAUCAGUGGCAAAGAUGAAUAUUAA